CGGUGAUGAGCGGCGAUUAUGAGCGGCGAUGACUGGCGAAAGAGUAAUGAUGAGUAGCGACUUUAUUUCUAAUCCGGUGUCGAUAAUCAUCUAAUCGAAGCAAACAUAUUAUAUAAUCAUGGGUUCAACGGCUGCCGCCGGAGUGGGAGUGGAAAGGUGGAGCAGGGACAUGCCCCCAGCCCACUUCAUCUUCAAGAUACGUUCCUUCUCUCUACUCUCUGAAACUGGUGUUGACAGAAUUGAAUCUGGGGUUUUUGAGGCCUGCGAUAAAAAAUGGAAACUGUGCGUUGUUUACCCAGAGGGAGAGUUGACGGAAAAAGAUGAUGAUAAUGAAGAGCAUAUCUCCCUCUACUUGCAAAUUGUUGAUACUGAUGAGUUUCCGGCAGGAUGGGAGGUGCACGCUAAGUUUAGCCUCUUUGUUUAUGAUCAUGUCCAUGAUAAAUACUUGACUAUCCAAGAUGCCGGUGGAAAAACAAGGCGGUUCAACUGCAUGAAAACAGAACAUGAUUUUGAUGGGCUGCUUCCCUGGUCUACUUUCAAAGAUCCCUCUAAUGGAUACCUGAUUAAUGACACGUGCGCUUUCGGGGCUGAGAUUCUCUCCAUUUCAAGUGCUACAAAACAUGAAUGCCUUUCUCUGGUGAAGGAACCAAUUAAGAAGGGAACUUACACGUGGACAAUCGACGGCUUCACAUUAAAAAAGCGAGAGAGUCGCAUUCGCUCUCAUGAGUUCACCGUUGAAGGAAGGAAAUGGAAACUGUUACUCUAUCCGAGUGGAGAUUCAAGAGCAAAUGGCCGUUAUUUGUCCCUUUUUCUAGAGUUGCUUAAUUUUGAAGACAUUAUUGUUCAUGGCAGAAAAGUAUAUGCUAAGUUUAUUUUGCGGAUUCGUAAUCAACUGGGCAUCGUGGAACAUAAAGAAGCAGAAGUGAAUGGAUUUUUUGACGGGUCUGACGGCUGGGGUGGAUCAAAAUUCCUUCUACUCAGCGAAGUGGAAAGUUCUUCAAAGGGGUUCCUUGUUAAAGAUUCACUGAUUGUCGAAGUUGAAUUUAAGCUUCUGUCGAAAUAUUUAUAGCUAGAUUAUUGCCUUAUGGCCGGGGCAAAUCUUUACCAUCAUGCAUCUUUUGUCGUCCAUUCCACCAACAAUGUUCAAUGGAUAGUUCAGACAUGAAUUGUAUUCCACCUUUAAG